AUGCCACCAUCACUCAUACAGCUAAUAUCGGGUAUACUGCACAAACCGCGCUACCUCGCACUCAUCAUCCUCAUACCGCUCUUUGGUUUGUUGUACCAUCAAUGGAUCGACCUUGCUGCUCAGUCGAAUGGACCCAUAAGGGUCACAGGAGGGACGACACAUAGUCCGUGGGAAGGUCUGGCCGGUGUAUCAAAGCUGGAUGAAGAAGAGGAGAAGUGGAGACCUGGUAUGGGGAAUUGGCUCGGGUGGAAGCAGGAUACGAGGAGGACAUUGUUGAUCACAGGCGGUGCAGGUCAGAUAGGCCAGUCGCUCAUCCCAACGCUAAGCCAAGAAUAUGCGAUACACGUUAUAGACAUUGCCCCUCGACCUUCCACUUUUUCUAAAUCGGUUAUAUAUCACCGAGAAUCCAUACUUCCUUCUUCCUCAGCACUAUCCUAUCUCUUCUCUUCUACCUCAUUUGAUGGGGUGAUUCAUCUCGCCUCUGUUUCGCUUAAUUCGUGGUGUGAACCCAAGGAGAACGAAUGUCACGAGGUGAAUGUGGGAGGUACCAAAGCGGUGCUGGACCAAAUCGAGAAAACCAUAACCAAGAACAAAAAGAGGGUAUGGGGACAGACUAAAACACCUUGGAUCAUCUUCGCUUCAUCUAUGGAGGUAUACCCUCAAGAAGAAGGUGUCAGCGAAGUCAGUGGUAGAAAUCCGAAAUCUGCUUUGGGAAGAACCAAGUAUGCUGCUGAAACAGUCUUAGACGAAACUAUUAAAAAUGUUAUUGGGGAAACACCUCUUAAUGGGAUGAUACUUAGAUUUUCAGAAGUAUAUGGUUAUCCACAUUACAAUUCUAUACCUGAAUCGUUCAUCCCUUCUUUACUUACCAACGCACUUACGAGUUUACCUAUCCAGUACAACUCUGAUACUCCCUCGUUGGAUCUGCUUCAUAUCGAUGAUGCCAUAAAAGGUAUUCUCAAAGCUGUAUCUCGUAUAGAAGAUAACUCAAAGUUGGGAGUAAGGACUGAAGUUGAAGAAUUCAAUUUGGUUUAUGGAAAGAGAUGGCAACCUCAAGAUAUCGUUGAAUUGGUUCGUACGGAAACUCGAUCAAUGUCACCCCUUAGAGAUAUUGGUGAUAAGCAUUCUACGCUCUUACCUGAUUUUUCAAGGGGUCUAGCAAGUGAGGUGUUGGGUCGGGAGCCCGAGAUAUCUGCUCCGGUAGGAUUGGGUUUGGCUUUACAAGAACUAUCAGAGGAGAUAGCUGAAUAUUCAAGGAAAUGGCAUCAAUCGCAUUGUUCACCUACACCAGAUUUUCCCACGGAGGAUAAUUACCUGAUCGAUCAUUUCGUAGAAGAUGAGAGGAAUAGAGAUUUGACAAAGUUGGACAAGUGCACGGUAAACUUGGCGUUUGAUCAUGAAGGAUGGUUGCAUCAUGUCAAGUGUGAAGAUGGAAGACACUGUACGGCAGAUGGACAGAAGGUCACGGCGAUGAACUGGAAUCAAAGUGUGUUUAUCGUGCAUAAAAUCCCAGGAGGGAUGAAGAAGGAAAGAACGGUCAGAGUGGUAUUUGAGGAAGAAAAGGGGAUGGGUUAUUUGGGAUAUAGGAAGACUGAGCAGACGGAGGAAGUUGGAUUGGAGCUGUUUGACAGAAAUACAACGGAUGGACAGAUCGAAUUCGACAUAGAAGUGAACAGACACGCAUCUUACCUUCGUCUUCUCAUACCCGACACCGGCAAACAAAUCCAUGCCCUUUCCAACACCACCGAUUCCUCCACCUGGUUUACUCUUGAGCCCACCACCCGAUGGAUCGACCCCCACUUCGACAUGCGGAUGAACGUACUCUGCUGUCCAUCCGAGGGUGACUGGCCAUUAUUGCUAGAUGACUAUGAGUCCGCGGACAUGCGAUUCGGAUCCACCGGUCAAAUUCCAUUCAACUCCUCUCGACGACUUCACCUAUGCGGUCAGGCAGAGCAAGCGGUGAUGUACAACUUCGAUCGACUGUCCGCUGCGAAACAAGCUGUAAACAAAGUGGAGAAUGAUCAAGAAGCACACGUGUGGAAAGGAGAACACGGAGUGAAUACCAAGAUUUCACCCCAUUCAUGGGCGAUGAAAGAUCUACCUGCAUGUUAUAACGAUUGCAACUCACCUGCUAUCUGCGUUCAGACGGGUACAUGUAAAUGCGUACAAGCGGAUCACUGUCAACCGAAAAGAGAAAACCCGAUCUUAUCGCUCUAUCCCGUUGUCACUUCUGAAAUCAGUUCAAAUACGAAAUCUCAUUUAGGAUCAUUAGCCGGGUACUCCUCAAUCUUGGUGAACAGCGUGAACAAAACCGACUGGAGGGAUAUACUCUUGCCUCAGGCAAGGGACGCUUUGAUGAUCAACCCGGAUUUCAUCAAAGUUCACGUAGCGGAUGGAUAUAAAGGUCAAGACGAGAUUGAAGCGUCAGACUGUCAUAAAUUACAGACUAAACACUGCUUCUCGGCCGAUUCGAUCAUGUACAAAGCGCUUAGACAUAUGCAGGUCCCAGCUGAAGAGGCUGAAUUGGUGGUAAUACCGGUUUAUCAACAAUGUAAAGGAACCAAAUUCCUCUUACAUGACGGGAUACACCAUGCGAUGGAGAAUAUACCAGGCGUGAAAUCGGGUGAGAAAACAAUGGCGUUAGUGUUGACUCAUGACUGGGGGAUAUGCGUGUCUUUCUCUUGGGAGAUAUGGUCAGCGAGAGAGCAACCUUUGUACCCCGAUUGGAUCCUGAACAACGUAUUGGUAUGGUCCGUCAUGGGAGAUUACGAUUCUCCGUGUUAUCGACCCCAUCAAGACGUCGUGAUUCCAGCUAGAACCUGUCAAUCGAUCAAUCUCAGAGAUCAUUUCCCAGAUGUUCAACAUAUCAAACCAGUCAGGGAACGAUCGCACCUCCUCACUUGGUCUGGGACAUACUGGGGCACAGGAAAAUCGGAUAGGUUGAGAUUGACUUGUGACAGAGGUGGAGCAGGUGAGAAGGAGUUGAUUAAAGGGAAAGGACCUCAAAGCAGUUAUGAAAAUUGGGAUUAUAUGAAUGAUUUGAAUGAUGCGAGGUUCUGUCCUCAGCCUAGAGGUAUAGCUGGCUGGUCGCCUCGGACCAACGAUGCGAUAUUCUCAGGAUGUAUCCCCGUUCUCAUCGCUGAAGGAUCACAUUACCCUUUCGCAUCGUUCUUAGAUUGGUCUAAGUUCUCAGUUCGGAUCGCACCUACGGAAUUAGACAGGAUAGAAGAGAUCUUAUCGGCUAUACCAUUAUGGAAGGUCGAGGAGAUGCAGGCUAACCUCGUUACUGUCCGGGAAGCAUUCAUUUAUUCGACAGAUGAGAAACCCGAAGAUGAGUUCGAGAGGAUGGGUCCAAUGUUCUUUGCGUUGCAUGAGGCUGGGAUGAGAGUUAGGACUAGGUAUCCUAUCAAAGAGGAAUAG